CCGGGCGGCUCGAGCGUUGUUGUGUGGCGGCGGCGGCGGUUCCGCUCCCGUCAGGUCGGCCCGGCGGCUGCCUGCCUUUUCCCCUCCUUCCUUGUUUCCUUUCGUCCUUCCGUCCUUCCUUGCUUCCUUCCCUACGUCCUUCCUUCCUUUUCCUUCCUUUUCCUUCCUUGCUUCCUUCCGUCCUUCCUUCCCCGCUUCCAGCCCUACCAUGUCGGUGCCGGGAGGAGCCGGUGGCGAGUUCGGCAACCCUCUGCGCAAGUUCAAGUUGGUUUUCCUCGGAGAGCAAAGCGUUGGGAAGACCUCCCUGAUCACCAGGUUUAUGUAUGACAGUUUUGACAACACUUACCAGGCCACUAUUGGAAUUGAUUUUCUCUCAAAGACGAUGUAUCUAGAAGACCGCACGAUCAGGCUGCAGCUGUGGGAUACAGCCGGCCAGGAGAGAUUCCGCAGCCUCAUUCCUAGCUACAUCCGGGACUCUGCUGCGGCUGUCAUUGUCUUUGAUGUUACAAAUCUGAAUUCCUUCCAACAAACCUCCAAAUGGAUCGAUGAUGUGCGAACAGAACGAGGAAGUGAUGUCAUAAUCAUGCUGGUGGGAAAUAAGACUGACCUUGCAGACAAAAGGCAAAUUACUACAGAAGAAGGUGAGCAGAGGGCCAAAGAACUGAGUGUGAUGUUUAUUGAGACUAGCGCAAAGACCGGAUACAAUGUGAAACAGCUCUUCCGCCGCGUGGCAGCUGCCUUACCAGGGAUGGACAGCGCUCCCGAGAAGAGCAAAGAUGACAUGAUCGAUAUCAAACUAGAGAAGCCCCCCGAGCAGCCCGUAACUGAGAGCGGAUGCUCCUGCUAAAAGACCCCGCAGCCUGGCGACCCUCUCCCGACUGGCCACUCCGGCCCUGCCGAAGAGCAUCCACCUUUCAUUGACGAGAGAAACCACUUUUCCAGGACUGCCAACCCGGCCUGGUGUGCGAUUGAGCCCCCUUGUCCUGCGGACAGCUCAGGCUGGCCCCCCUCCUACUGCAUGGUGUGAACCUCAAAUGUGUCCUGUUCCUUGUUGGUUGUUGCACUUUGGUGCCGUGGCACCCUCUUCUCAGUUUCCUACCUUGGGUGUGCACGCCUUGAUGUGUUGUCCUAUGAAUGCAAAGGGGAGGAGCUUUUCCCAAGUUAGGUAACCACCGAUAAACCUACAGCAAGGGGAGGUAGCGGAAACGGGUGGCGGGAGGGCGGGGAAUCCGACUUCAUUGCUGCUUUAUGUUCAUCCCCCUUCCAGAGGCUGCCCCCUUUAUGGCGUGGAUGUGCCCUAGGCUUCCCACAAGGUGUCCUUACCACUCUCUCAGUUCCCCUUCUGCAGCUUGCGUUCAUUCUUUGUGGAGUACAGGAAAGAAGUUUGGAUUAUCUUACCCUGGAAUUGGAGAUUUCCAUUUCCAAGACGCCGUAGAUUUCCACAUAGUUGACGGCUAUCUUGGAGUUGAAGGCUGUCCGCUCUUUUCCCGAAGAGGGCGCUCAGUUAACUAAUAAAUGUGAGUAGGGAAGAUGGCCGGAACUGGACUGGCCGGAGCGUGGAGCCUUGUUUCUGCUUCCUGGCCGGCUGGGAGGUGCGUCCUCAAGCAUCUUUUUUGCACCUCCUAUUCUUUCAGUUUCUUUCUUCUCCUUUCUCCUCCCACCCCCUUCCGCUCACUCAAAAAGAUCUUUUUUUUCUGGGCAAAUCUCAGAGCUGCAAUUGCAGUCUGGAUUUCAACAGGGACCUGUGAAAUGGACUUGGUCCAGUGCUAGGAGCUGUUAUUUUUGUAUCAUUUAUCAAUUAUAGGGUAAUUUUAAUAUGCAAAGUGCUUUACAGUUGCCUCCAGGCUUGCUACAGCUCUGGAAAGACAUAACUCCAUUGCUGUUUCAUGAUAUGGGGGAUUGGAGUUUUGUCAACAGCCAUAUGGGUGGGGUGAAGGGGUGCAUUGGCUACAGGGAGAACCCUGAUCAAAGCUUGCAUUGUGUUCUGCUGCGUUAAGCCCAGCCUUGAUACGAAGGUUUUUUUUGUGCUCAUCAUUUUUCCAGAGCUGCUGUUGACCAACCCCCACAAUCCCAGCAAAUUCACGGCUGGUUCCAUUUUUGCUUCGCAUACCUUUGAAAGUCACUUUAAUUCAUGUCUGUCUACUGUUUCUGUGUACAAAUUACUUGUGUAUCUCGGUUGAUGGAGGAGGAGGAGGAGGAAGACCCUCUUUUCGUUUUAGCACAGAAUAUCCUUUCAAAUACCUCUUCUUGCUUCCGACGCAAGUUUCGUUAAUGUGCAGACUGAUCUGGGAGACGGGCGACUUUGGAUUGCCCUUCUCGGAUGAAUCCCCCGUUUUGUUUGGUUUGAGGUGAAUUUUGCAUUUGUUGAAAGCCAAAAAUUUGAAGCCUCAGGUGCGUACUAGUCCGGUAGUUCUGAAGUUGUCUUGGAACCACUCUAAAGAACUCUGCUCCCCUCAGCUUGGGACUCGGCUCCUCUUGGCUGGAAGGCAUUUCGUGCCUAGUCUAGACGUAACUAUAAGGCAUAGCUUGAUUCUGGCGAAGGAGUGAGCAGUAGGGGUGUCAAGAGCGGAAUGCUUCCCUUGGCUCCAGUUGUGGUGGGUGGGUAUAUCUUUCACCAUUGCGCUAAAGGAAAGGAUUGUGUCUUGUUCUCUCACCUUCAAAUUUGGCUCUGCUGAUACCUGGGGUUCAUGAACUACAGUUCCCAUCAGCCCUGCCACUUGGCCAUGCUGCCAGGGGCUGAUGGGAAUUGUAGUCCAUGAACAUCUGGAGGGCCAUAGUUUAAAGGCCCCUGCUUUAGAGCGAGAAAUGCUGAUGUGCCGGAGGAGUCUUUCCGAAGGAUGAGCUGAACAGAGAUAAAUCUCCCCUUGGCCUUCUACAUCCUACAUUGUUUCCCUUGAACUCUCAUGCCUGUACCAAGAGCAAAGAGAGGCGUCUUUCCUUGCAAGUGAGGAACCCCCCCCCCGCCAGUUAUGUUAGCUGAAUCUAUACACCCUCCCCCCCUUUGUCAUUUUAUUUCAACUACUGGCUGCUCAGGUUCAUCCGUUUUUUGUUCCUCUGCUCCUCAAGGGCUUCACCUGCAAACAGUUUUCUUCCAUUUUCCUGGUGAAUUCCUUCCCCACCCCCUUCUCCCUGUUUCCCACUUAAUAAUGUUUCCAACUUAAUUUACAGGCUCCUUUCCCUGUAACAGCCACGCAGCAGGGAGGAACUCCACAGCUGUCUUUCAUCCCUACCUGGAGUUGGGAGCUGUGCUUGUUUGUUGGGCAUUUUGUUAUUAUUAAAGCACCGACGACUGCAGAAUUCUGCCACGGACAACACUCAAAAGGCAGAACAUGAAGGAUCCUUCAUGAAUCCCAUGGCUUCAUUUUGAGUGUGUAAGCAGUCCGUCCGUCCGUCCGUCACCCCCAAAAUCUCUAGUGCCGUUAGCCAGACCAAAAAAGAAGUCAAUAUUUCCAGGUAUGCAUCGCCUUGCUUGGUUCUCCAUCAUUAGGGGAUAGCAAUUUUGUACUGCCGGCUUGCCAAGGCGGGCAUUGCUUCCUUUUUGGAGUAGCUAGCAGCGUUUGGGUGCCAUUCUUCUGGUGGAUGUGCAUGUGACAGGAUGUGGGCUCCCAGGUACCCCAUAGCUCCUGCAUUUGGGCUUCUUCGGGUACCACCCACUUCCUGUAAGCCGUCCUCUUGGUUUGAAGAUGAAACAGUUGUGGUCACUGGGAUUGUGUCUGCGCGGAUGUGCGCAUGAACCCUCCUGCCCCUUGAUUUAGCAGAAUUCAAAAUGAGUGUUCCCAUUUCUUAAAAUUCUUCUUGGGUUGGAGCAUCAAGUAAGCUCUUGUUUGCUACACCUUGGAUGCCCGGAAUAAGCACAUCUUUUAAGCUAGGGGAGAAAGAAGUAUCAGCCAGCCUACAUCUCAUUCUCUUCUUAGCCACUGAAAGCCAAGACGUCAGGGAGCCUGUUCUUUGGACCCCUUCCCCCAAUUUAAUGUUUAAUUGUUCAGGCCCCCCAUAUGCAAAAGUUAUUCCCUCUCCAGGAGCCUUUGUCAGAGUUGGUCGUCCUACAAGCCUGGCCUGAUCAGUUUUGGAAACAAAUCCCCCCCCCCCCCCCCCCCCCCCGUUCCCUCCUCCUGUGUAUAUAUCCUCCCUGUUGUGUGGGAAUUGCUGAUGUCCUGUCAGUGUGUCGGUUUCUUUUUUCCCCUCUGCAGUCGAUCUGAUGCGCUGUCCCCUUUCUCACUGGCAGCCCGGUCCUGCCGCCACUGUUGUGGUGUUCUCUCGAGACACACUGGAAAUCGUGUUUCUUUUCCAGAGAACAGGGUUUUGGAAAACAAAACAAAACAAAGUAAAUGUUUGUGGGGAGGGAGGGGGGGGGCGAUUGCGCAGGCAGGGAGAAAAAUCUGGUGAACAGCACCGUUCACGUUUCCACUGCCUUCUCUGUGGAUGUGUAUAAUAUUUGAGUGUGUGUCUCUGGCGCUGCCGUCUCCUAGCUGUUAGCCAAGUAAGUGACUCUUAAUAUAUGAAUAUUGACUGUCAGAUUACAGCUGUGUAUCACACUAAAUAAAGUUAAUUUCACCACAA